UGAAUGGUAUCUCAUGCUACUUCUCCUUCUUCCAGUAAUUCACAUUCAAAUUCCUUGAAGAAUUCAUAUUCACAAUCACAAAUUCAAUUGCCUUUUCAGAAUAUUUGCAACUUUGUUUCUCCAAAAUUGGAUUCCCCGAAUUAUCUUUUCUGGAGACAUCAAUUUGAGUUCAUUAUGAUGAGUACCAGUUUGCUUCGAUUUGUUGAUGAAUCUUAUCUCCCUUCUUCGAAAAUGAUUAUGAUUGACGAGGGAUACAACAUCAAUGAUCUUGACACGGACGAAGUAGUAGCUGAAGGAGCAGUGUAUAAUAAUAUUUAUCCAAUUUCAGUGGCUCCACCGCAUGUUAUAUCUUAUACUUCUAUUCUUGCUUCGCCUUCUCUCUGGCACAAAAGGUUAGGUUAUCCUUGUUCUGACAUUCUAAAGAAAUUAUCUUCUACAACAUAUAUUAAACUCUCAAAUCAAGACUUAGAUUCCUUUUGUCAUAUAUAUGUCAAUUAGGAAAACAAACAAAAUUACCCUUUACAUCUUCAGAUAGAAUUUUUACUUCUGGUUUGUUACUUGUUCAUUGUGAUAUUUGAGGACCUUCUCCACUCGCAUCUUUAGAUGGUUUUUUAGGUACUUUCUUCUCUUUGUUGAUGAUUUCAAUAGAUGUUACCACAUCUACCCUCUCACUACAAGAGAUGAAUCUCUUAAAUGAUUUCAACACUUCAAACUCAGAAAUGAAAAUUUUAUUUUCAAAUUCUAUCGUAUCAUUUCAAUGUGAUGGUGCUUAUGAAAUCAUCAAAGGCCCUUGAAAGUUUAUUUCUGGAGAAGUGUGGCAUUACAUUGAGGAUUUCUUGUCCUAAGACUCAUCAUAAAAAUGUUGUUGCUGAGCGAAAAAUAAGGCACAUGACUGAAGUUGGAAAUACUAUAUUUUUUCAAGCUUCGGUUCCUAAGCAAUUUUGGUUUGACAUCUUUCUGUUAGGAGAUGUCAUUAAGUCUUCUUUUUACUUUUUGU